UCUAGAUAUCCCAAGGUAAUAAAAGAGUAGCAAAAAGCUGUGUCCGCCGCUGUCCGAAGAGUCCUCUCUGACUGUCCAACAAACCCACCCCCCCAAAAUCCAAUCCUUCUGUUUCUCAGUCAAUCGAAUUCAUACUCUCUCUCUCUCUCUAUCUCUCUCUCUCAUACUCUUCGUCAAAAUUUCAUCUCUUUCCAACACCCCACAAAACCCAAUUCCUUCUCUCUCUCUCUCUCUCUCUCUCUCUCUAAAACCUCGCCAUUGACUUGAACCAACAACAAGAAGAAGUAACAAUCUCAAGCUUUUCACUUCAAAGACAGAAAACCCAUGCUUCUACAACCCAGAAAAUCACAUUCACUUUAAAGAAUCUUUCUUUACUCUGUAAAAACUGUAAUAGAUUAUGGGUGGAAAUGGGAAACACAGGUGGAAGAUUUCAUUCCAUCGUCCUUCUUCUUCUUCGUCAAGCUCAAAGAUGGAAGCCAAUCACCAUAACCACCACAAGCAACAAGAAGAACCUCCCAAGGACUUCCUCUGCCCAAUUUACGGAGCUUUAAUGGCGGACCCCGUCGUCGUCUCCUCUGGCCAGACCUUCGAGCGACUCUCCGUCCAGCUCUGCAGAAAUUUAGGCUUCUCUCCCAAGCUCGACGACGGCUCAAUUCCCGAUUUCUCCGCCAUCAUCCCGAACAAAGCCAUCAAAUCGGCGAUCCUCCAUUGGUGCGACUCCUCCGGUGUGGUGCACCCGCGUGUACCGGAUCCCGCCACCGUCGAGAAGCUUGUGAGGGCGUUAAUGGCGGAAGAGGAAGUUUAUCCUUCUCCUCCUCCUUUUUCGUCGCCGCAGCUUAGGGUUUCGGAGCGGGAGCUCAUCCGCGGCGUGGCGGAGAAUCCGCCGGUGACAUUCUCCCACGCCGCCACCGAGCUCGGUCCGCGAGUGAACCAUUUCUACUCGAGCUCGUCGGAGGAGUCUGUGGUCAUCACCGCAGAUAAUCCCGGCACUCCUCUCCCCUUCGCGACGCGGCCGCUCUGUUAUUCCUCUUCGUCUUCCUCCGAAAUCACGGAAAGCGAAACCCUAGCGUCCUCGAUCCCCAAUUCAGCUCCGGCGUCGGAGGAGGAGGACCACUUGGUGAGGAAUCUGAAGAGCGUCGACGUCGUUGACCAAGAGGAGGGCGUACUUUCUCUCCGCAAGUUGACCAGGACGAGAGAGGAACUUAGGGUUUUGCUCUGCACCGCUAGGGUUCUGUUAGCCCUAAAGCCUCUGAUAAGCUCGAGGUACGCCGUCGUCCAGACGAACGCCAUAGCUUCCUUGGUCAACCUCUCGCUGGAGAAGCCGAACAAGGUGACGAUCGUGCGAUCGGGAUUCGUUCCCUACCUGAUCGACGUUCUGAAAUCGGGAUCCAUCGAGGCUCAGGAGCACGUCGCCGGCGCGAUCUUCAGCUUGGCGCUGGAAGACGACAACAAGAUGGCGAUCGGAGUCCUCGGCGCGUUGCCGCCAUUGAUGCACGCGCUCGUCCGAUCGGAGAGCGAGCGGACUCGGCACGACUCGGCGCUGGCUCUCUACCACCUGACGCUGGUCCAGAGCAACCGAGCCAAGCUGGUGAAGCUCAACGCGGUGCCGACGCUGCUAGCCCUAGCACAGACGGGGUCGUCGGCGAGCAGAGUUCUGCUUGUGCUCUGCAACCUGGCGGCGUGCCCGGAGGGGAGGUCGGCGAUGCUGGACGGGAACGCUGUGGAGUGCUUAGUGGGGAUGCUGAGGAGGAACGAGUUGGACUCGGAGGCGACUCGGGAGAACUGCGUGGCGGCGCUGUUCGCCCUCAGCCAUGGGAGCAUGAGGUUCAGAGGGCUGGCGAGGGAGGCGAGGGCGGUGGAGGUGCUCAGGGAGAUCGAGGAGAGAGGGAGCGAGAGGGCGAGGGAGAAGGCGAAGAGAAUGUUGCAGAUGAUGAGAGGGAGAGACGACGGAGAAGACGAGGAAGGCGACUGGGAAAAGGCUCUCCGUUCUGGCGGCGCCGGCGGUGUUGGGAGGAACUUGCACGGUCCAAACUCAACUACUUUUUGAUUUUGAUUUUGUUUAAUGGGUCUCCUUUUUUUUCCUUAUUAUUAUUAAUGGUUUUUUAUUUUUAUUUUUUUAAAUCUUUGGAUUUAUAGAUUGAUUGUAAAUUAUAUAAUGUUUGUGUCAAAAGAAAAAUGUGUAAUAUUUGUUGGUGUGAGGGAGAAACAUGAACAAUUUUUCCCCAAAGUUUUUUUUUUUGGGUCUUUUUUCUUGAUCGGGUUUUGGUUAAUACAAGUAAUUUAGAAUGUAAAUUACUUUUGAUUCAAGAAAAAGGAAACAAAAACAAAAACAAAAAAAUGUAAUGUAGUUUUUAUUGUUGAGGAAAAAGAAACGAGAAAAGGUGUAAUUUUUAUUGGUGUUGGUUGCCGGGGAUUUUUGGGUAGAUAUUGGUGCAACUUCCUUUUGUCAGCAAUGCUUAAAGUGUUGUAUAGAAAUUGCAUUUGAUGUCCUCUUCGUUUCUACU